UCUAGAUCUAGUAGCCUAAAAGUGAUUUAAAAAAGUGUCUACUGUGCAUGCCAACUAGUCUAGAUAUAUCUAUCUAGUCUAGACCUAUUUUCUAAAAUAUUUCUUCAGUUAACCACGGUCGGUAGGCCUAUCUUAGUGGAGCCUACUUUUAGUACUUCUACUGAUAAAGAAUCAUCAUUUUGGAUUGAACCUCUUUAGUAUUGAAAACCAUUUACAUCAGCAGGUUAAAGGUAAAUUUAGGGUAAAAAGUGUAAAAAAGUGUAAAAAAAAAAAAGUGUAAACAACCAAGGCCUUUUAUAAAAUGGAGCAAGUAAUAUUAAAAGGCACAGAUUUGAAAGUUUCACAAUUUUGUCUUGGUACUUGGAAUUUCAAUGAUGGAAAAGGAGACAGUCAGUGGCCAGCACAAGCAUCAGAGGUGUCAAAAGCCAUUGUGGACAAAUGUCUAGAGUUGGGUAUAAACUUUUUUGACACUGCAGAGGGAUACUCAAACUCUGAGAAAGUUUUAGGUAGAGCUCUGCUAGGAAGAAGACAGGAUGCUGUGAUUUCAACCAAAUAUGGUUUUCGUCAGGGCGCAGAUACCCCUCCUUAUUCAGCACAAGAAAUAGAUGAUGCAAUCACUAAAGCAUUACAAAAUCUUCAAACUACAUACAUUGAUAUCAUUCAGAUGCACUUUCCCACCUAUGUGAAAGAUGCUAAGGAAACUAUUCAGGAACUAGAGAGACAAAAGGCUCUUGGUAGAAUCCGUUACUAUGGGAUGUCAAAUUUUGGACCUCAGAAAAUAAAAGACUUUAUAGAAGCAGGUGGUAAGCCUGUUGUUAACCAAGUUGGCUAUAAUUUACUGUGGCGCUCACCAGAACAGGGUGUGAUUCCUGAAUGUCUAAAACAUGGUGUUGAUGUUUUAGCCUACUCCCCUCUCCAGCAGGGCCUACUCACAGGCAAAUAUGCUCAACUCUCUGAUGUUCCAGAGGGGAGAAGAAGAGGGAAGCUCUUCAGUAAAGAUUCUACACCAUUAUCAAGACAUGGGCAAGAUGGAGCAGAAGAGGAAGUAGAUCAAGCUCUGAAAAAAAUCCAUGAGAUCUGCAAAACUGCAGGAGUGGAGAUGUCUAAAGCUGCUCUGUCCUGGAUUCUCCAACAGGAGGGGGUUGCUGUUGUCAUAGCUGGGGCCAGCUCUCCCGAACAAGUUGAGCAAAACAGUCAAGUUAUAAAACUAAAUAACGAUGUAGUUCGUCAGCUGACUGAGGCUACAGAGGACGUCAAGGCUAAAAUAGGAUUAACAUUGGAUCAGUGGUCUGCUGUGGACAGGUGCCAAUGAUAUCCAUAUAAACACAAUGUCAUUUGCUGACAGUGGGGUAAACAUGUUAGUUCUGGUAAACUGUUGCUUACAUGUCUUACAUGUCUUUGAUGUUUAAAAAGGGAAUUACAUCAAAAUAUAAUGUGGUUUAUUUACAUGUUUGUUGAAUGGGGUAAACAAACUUAUAUUAUUUACUGUUAUUUACAUGUGUUCAUGAAAUGUUUAUGCUAAUGUUUAAAAAGUAAAUAAAGAUAUAUACUACC